AAUUUUUAGUAGAAACAGAUAGGUUACUUCUUAAUGAAGAAAUUAAUGACAAAUUAUUUCCUUCUGUACAUCAAAAUUUGGAAGAAUUAAUACAAAGUGAUGCGUUUAAAGUAUUACAAAUUGUUUUUAAAUAUGACAUAUUCGAGUCAUUCCGCGAACAAUGUCUUAAGCUUAUAUGCGCUAAUCCAAGUGUGAUAUUCGAACAUUCCAAGUUUACUCAGCUAGAUUCACAUAUUCUAACACUCAUAUUGCAACUGGAUGAUUUAGGCAAAUUAAGCGAAGUUAGCAUUUUAAAUUACUUAAUCGAAUGGGGAAUUGCACAAAUUUCAGAUACCAUUCAAGAAAAAAACAUGGAAUAUUGGCAAGAAAAAGAUUACAUUAUAUUUCGAAAGGCUAUUCAUGAAUUUAUUCCUUUAAUUCGCUGGUUUCGAAUUUCAAAAAAAGAAUUUAAAGAAAAGAGACAACUUCUUAAAAGUAUUUUAUCAGAAGAUUUAUUUAAUAGUAUUUUAAGCUACAACUUAGAUUCUCGCUCUCUACCAGUUAGCACUAAACUUUUACCAUCAAGAACUGCACCGUCACCGUUUAAACCAAAAAUAACUAAAAAAGCAACAAAAUCCGAAUCGUCUUUUAGUUCAUAUGAGGAGCUUGUCGAUAUGAAUAAAAAAUUGUUUCAAAUGAAAGAUUAUUAUGAUGUCAUCGUUCGUGUUGGUGAAGGCUGUAAUUUCAAAGAUUUUUAUGCACAUUCAUUGAUCUUAUGUGCACGCUCCUCUUAUUUCGAAACUGCCUUCUCCAAUAAAGAUGAUAAUAAUCCUUUUAUUUUUACAAUUCCAAAUAUCCAUGCGGAUAUUUUUGAAAUUAUUUUAAGAUAUUUAUACGUUACUGAAUUUGAUUUGGAAAAAUUGAAUGGAGCCAAUAUCUUGCUGCUAAUUGUAGCAGCAAAUAAAAUGGACCUCAGAUUUAUUAUCUCUAACCUAUUAUCAGCUACUUACUUCACCGAAAUUAUUCUAAAGAAACUGAAUGGUGCAGAAAUUUUAAAACUCAUAAUGAUGACCGACGAAUUAAAAAUUCAAAAGGAUAUUAAUGAUAUAUUAUCAGAAAACAGCAUUGUAAAGGCCAUUCUUGACAAAUUUGAUGGUGCUGAAGUGUUAGAAAUCAUAGAGAAAUCUGAAGAGCUACAACUUCAGGAAGCAAUUUCUGCUUCACUAUCGAAUAAGGACCUUUCCAAUAUAAUCAUACGCAAAUUUAAUGCAAAUGAUAUUUUAAAGUUGGUGAAAAUAUCAUUGAAAUCUAGAAAAGCUAUUGAUGAUUUAUUAACAAGCUAUGAUUUUAUUAAAUAUACUCUUGAUAAAUUGAAUAUUGAACAAUUUCUACAAUUCAUGCAAACUGCUGCCGAGCUGCCAACUAAAGUAACUAUUGAUAAACUAUUUUCAGAUACAAACCUUAAGAAAAACCUUAAGACAAAUCUUAAGCUCAUUACAACCAGAUUUCAAGGUGCUGAAGUUUUGCGCAUAUUGAUUGAAACUAAUGCUUUGCAACUUCAAAAUUCCUUCUCUAGCAUGUCGUCUUAUGUGGAUCAAAAUUUAGACAAUCUUUUCCAAAAUGACGCAGUUGGUGUAUUGCAAAUAAUUUUUGGUCAUGAUAUAUGUGAACCAUUCCGCGAAUACUGUAUUUAUCUUACAUGUCUCUAUCCCAAUGCAUUGUUCGGUAGCCCAAAGCUUAUUCAAUUAGAUCCUUCUAUUUUAAUCCUUAUAUUGCAACGUGAUGAUAUGGGAAAAUUAGAUGAGAAGACAAUUUGUGACUAUUUAAUUAAAUGGGGCACUGCUCAAAAUAAAACAACUCAAAAGAACAUGAAAACCUGGACAAGUCAUGAUUACAAGAUCUUUGAGAGGGCUAUCCAUGAAUUUAUUCCUUUAAUUC